UAUACUGUGCAGACGAGGCCAUGUCAAAAUAUUAAGAGUACUGGGGAAAAUUUAGGCCUAAGUUGUGGGUGAACUUUGCUGUAGAAAAUUAGGCGAAAUAACUGUACUGAUUGGUAUUAUCCUAUGACUGUGAAAAAGGGACAUUACAUACUAUAAAGGAUCAGGCUAUUUAAGGACAGUUUCAUUCAGUUCUUUAGUUUUUAAACUUGGUUGGAAUACUAUAGUUUUUUGACAAUGGCAACUUUAAAGUCUCCAAGACCAACACCUGAGUUUUUUUCAGACUCCCAAACUUUUUCAACUAAAAAGGCUCGAGCUACACCUAGAGACCAGUUACCUCCAAGACCUCCUGUGAAGAGUGCACCACCUGUUAGCCGCUUAUUUCACAAUCGACCAUUACUGCAACGAGCUCAAGUUGUUAGCUUCAGAGGAUCAGAUUCAUUCUUACUCAGCAAACAUUAUGAUGAGAGUAGUCAGGAGCUUUAUUUCGAUCAGUGUUUUCAAGUGGAAAGCAAACUAGGAGCAGGAUCAUUUGGUGAGGUUUUCAAAGUUAGGAGCAAAGAAGAUGGACGAAGAUAUGCUGUCAAAAAAUCAAGGCAGAGGUUCCGGGGAGAAUCUGACAGACAAAGAAAAUUGGAAGAAGUUAAAAAACAUGAACAGCUGCCAAAACAUAGCAAUUGUAUUCGCUUUGUAAAGGCAUGGGAGGAAAAACAACAUCUGUACAUUCAAACAGAACUUUGUGAAACAAGUCUAAGCAAUUAUGCUGAACAAAACCAUGAAAUUCCAGAAUCAGUUGUGUGGAAUUAUCUUGUUGAUUUGCUGCUUGCUGUUAAGCACUUGCAUGAUCACAACCUUAUCCACUUGGACAUCAAGCCAGCGAACAUCUUCAUUUCAAAAGAUGGUGUUUGUAAACUUGGAGAUUUUGGAUUAGUUCUUGACUUAAAUAAGGGAGACAUAUCUGAAGCCAUAGAAGGAGACCCCAUGUAUCUUGCUCCAGAAUUAUUGGAAGGAAAAUUUACAAAGGCUGCAGACAUUUUUAGUUUAGGAAUAACAAUCUUGGAAUUGGCAUCCGACCUGGACCUGCCUCGUGGAGGAGAUGGAUGGCACCUGUUACGAGAAGGAAGGAUACCUUUGGAAUUUCUUACUGAAUUAAGUCCUGAGCUGAAACAAAUUAUACAACUGAUGAUGCUUCCAGAUCAUCGGGAAAGACCUUCAGCAGCUGAACUUCUUAACUUGUCUGCUGUGAAAAGGAUUCUAAAGAAAAGAAGAAUACAACUAUCUUGUAGAGCUGUGGUUUCAGCCAUUGAAUUAUUUUUUCAUUGGAUAUUGACGUGCUUGAUUUGGCUAAAAAAUGUAGUGACUUUCCCUGUCAAGAAGCUAAUUCAGUCAGGCAACAUAGUAAAUGUUCCAUCAUCAAGCUCAAGACCUCGAAUUCUAUCAGAAUGGGAGCAGAGUUUCUCUGAUGAUGAAGUUUUUGAAUAUGACGUAAUAAAUACUACCAACAGUGACCUUGGUAUUCCUCUUUCUGACACAUCAACAUCAAGUGAAAGUAGGAAUGGUAGUUUUUUUAUAUCAAGUAUUGCAGAUCGUUUAGUGAAUUCCACACCAGCAGUUACAAGACAAAGGCAUCUCAACAAAAGCAUGACACCAAAUCAUAUAGUAACCCAUGACUGGGACAGCUAUAGAAAUAGUCCUGACGUAACACACAAUUUGUCUGUCAAGAGCCAAACUCCUUACAUCCUUAAUUCCAGCUUACAUGAAAGCAGUUUACUUGAGGAUGAUGCUGAAGUGCGUGCUGGAAUUGGACCUAAAAACUUGAUGAAUGCAUUUGAUGUUGCUUGCUCAGAUGACAGCAGCUGACUAUGAAUUGGAUGAGAAAGAGGGCUCUAGUCCCAUGACCAUGAAAAAUGGACCAACAUUCUAUCAGGCUGUUAUUGUACAAAAGUCAGUGCUAGUAUGGGAAUUGGUUUUUAGGUUGCAUAUGUAUAUAUUGUACAGUAAUAUACACAAACAACAGUGUCCGGCAAAGACAGGUGUGAGUUGCACAAAUGUGUGAUUAAAGUGAAAUAGUGUAAUGUAUAUUGAUAUUUUAAAUGUUUUAACAAUUCUUAUACAUGUAUAUAUAUAAGUAGAUAGGUAUAUAUUUGGUACUGAGCUUCAUUUGUCUCUUAUUACAGUGUGUUUUUGUCUUGUAGAUAAUGGUUUGUCUUGUUUUGUGUGAUUGACAUAAGCAAGAAGCUUUGCUGUUUCUAAUGACAUAAGUUUUUAUUUUAAUAAGAAAACAUUUUUGAGAUGAAAUAUUAGAGUAUGAAAUCAGUCUGUGAUUUUUCAGUGUUUUUGUAAAUUAACUUAUAACCUUAAGCAGCACAUUCGUUUUAAAGUGUUUGUUAUAUAAAAUGUUUUAGCUGGAGUCAAAAACUUUAAUCUCAAGAUAUUAAAGACCUUUUCUAACUUUCUGUUUACUGUGUGAUGAAUUAAGUUUUGUUGUUCUAUACCUAAAGAUACCACUUCUGUAGAACUAAUUUUUUCCUCUUUGUUACACUGAACCAUGCAAAUCUUUACUUGAGUGGUGCAAGUGAAUUUUCACAUUUACACCUAAUAAUUUUUACAUCAGAGGUAAUAACUUUAAUGUUGUCUGUCAGUGUUAUUUUGUUCAAACUGUAAUUCUUUGGCCAAUAUUUAUGUGUUCCAUCUUCGCACAAAAAAAAAAGCACCGAUUUUUUUUAACUUUGUUAAGACAGUAUUAUUUGAAUUUUUUUAAAUACAUUUUCACGAUUAAAAGUUACUGGAUUUGUUUUAAUUGAAAAUCCAUAUAGCAAGAAAAAAUCCAGUAAUGUAACGGUUACUAAGUUUUAAGAACCAUCCAUUUACGGGAAUUUACUAAAGAAAAUAAUUUGUUUGAUAUAAUGAGGUUUUUAGAGUUAAAUAUACGGUUACAUUGUACAAUUUAAAAAAUCAGGUCAGGUGAAUUCAAUAUUACGUUCUUGAAAGAUGUAUAUUUGAUAAUUAAAAAACUUGUGUACUUA